AUGGCCUUGAUUGAGAACCCAGCUCUUCCGAUGGGGUCUAUUGUGGUCGUUACUGGCGCCAAUGGAUACAUCGCAUCUCAUAUCGCCGACCAGUUUAUAAAGAAAGGAUAUGUAGUCCGUGGGACGGUCCGUAACCCCACCAAAAGCGCUUGGCUCGUUCCCCACUUUGAGAAGGCGUACGGAAGAGGAAAGUUCGAACUUCACAUUGUUCCGGAUAUGCAAGCCGAUGACGCCUACGAUGAGGCCAUCAAGGGUGCUGCUGCGUUUGUUCACACAGCGACAAUCAUCGAUUUCAAUGGCGAUCCCGCCGAGGUCAUCGGAGGAGCUGUAAAGUGCGGCAUGGUCGCCAUUGAGGCAGCAUACAAGGAGCCUAACAUGAAGCGUUUCAUAUUGACAUCAUCUGCAUCGACACUGAUGCCCCUCAAGAAGGAGAAUUUUUUUGCCUUGAAGGGUCAGACAGUGGACGUUGACACUUACGGGCAUGACGCUAAGGAGUUGGCAUGGGCGCCUCCUCCAUGGGGUAUCGAGCAUGGCGGUGCCAUCUAUGGUGCUAGCAAGAUGGAGCAAGAGCAAGCCAUAUGGAAAUACUACGAAGAGAACAAGAUGAGACGUCCCGAAAUUGUUGUCAAUUCAAUCGUUCCCGACUUUAAUUUUGGUAGGAGUAUUGACCCGGUCAACACCGGGGGCUCAUCUUCUUUCGGCUUCAUAGUAGAAUUGUUUAAGGGAAAGACUCUGCCUGAGCUUUGGCAUCUGCCGCACUAUUUCGUGGAUGUCGAGGAUGAUGCUGCCUUGCACGUGGCGGCAGCCAUACUUGCCGACGUCAAAGGCGAGCGCAUUUUCGCCUUUGCUCACCCAAUGAAUUGGGACAUGGUUCUAAGCAUUCUCCGCAGACAGAACCCGGACCGAAAGUUUGCUGAGAACUUCCACAAUGAGGAGUACCCGGUCACAGUUAAGCCCAUUGCCAGAGCCGAAGAACUACUGAAGAGACUUGGGCGGUCUGGUUGGAUAUCACUCGAGAACAGUAUUGCAACAAAUACUGAGCACUUGAAGACUUCCGCCGGCGACCAAGCAUGA